AUGUCUAUUCAAAGUUUUUUGAUUGUUACACCGGUGCAACAUAUAGGGCUUGCAAAUUUGGCUAAAGCGGCUUUGAUGUACGAUGCUGCACAAGUUCUUGUCGAUGCAAUUCUGCGUUUAGUGCGUAAGAAACCAGACAUAUUACGGGGCCUUACACGACGCAAUGCUAACCUUAAUUCUAACAAUACUUUGGAUUGCAAUCCCCAAGAAAAAUAUUCAGCUUAUGAGAUUGGCGACAGGAUUUUCAGGAUGACAAAAAAGACGGAGUUAGAGGGAUUGACUGGUUUUCCCAAGUUUGAAGCUGGCCAUCGUCGCAAUUUUACGCUUCAACUAAUGGAAAUGACCAUUAGUGGUGAUAUGGUUAAGAUUGGAACUUGGUACGAUUACAAAAUGUUAGUUCCUAUCGUCGCAAAGCCAGCAAUCAAAAUUCCCGGGCACUACGAUCGAAACAAGACAUACAUUGUGUUGACCGUUGAAGAAGCGCAUUAUAUUAUGCGAUUCGACCCAGAGCUUAUGGCCAAUUACCCCUACCUUGCUUUUGCGUCGAUCUCGCCGAAUUGCUGCUGGAAAAGAUGA